AUGCGCACCGGGCUGCCUACUGUACAAGAUCAUCACAAGGACCUGGCAAGUCGUGUGCAUUCGCUCCGACCGAUUGGACGAGAAAAAACGCGCAUACCUCGACGAUACGACCAACAGCGUCCACCUUCGCGCUGUCUUGGACGUGCAAACCCGGCGAGCUGCGGAAGCUAUAGCUUGAAUAUGGAAGACCAGCUCAGUACCUUUGUGGAAUACAACGCAGCGGACGUGGACAGCUUGGAUAUAACUCCGAGUCAAGACUUUGAUGGUGAUUGUCCAGACAUCGCUUCGUCGCAAGUCUCGCAGUCUUUGCAGACAUGUAGUUGGAAAGACGUCACUGAUGUAAACCAAUUUCAGGAAGAAGCAUCGGAAGUUUUUGACGAUAUAAUAUAUGAACCUCCACCAGAUCCAGAAUUUUGUCGCGGUAGCGCUAUAAAAGAACGACGCGACGCUGAAACUGCACAUUCGAUGCAUCCGAUGGUCAACAAUACUUCUGAAAAGCUAGCAUUCGUGUGCGACGACAGUGAGAGCUCGUUAAGCGAUGGGUUUGACGUCGCACUAAAUCUCACAAGCAAGCGAAAGGCCAAUUCUGAUCGUUUCGAUGAUAUCGGCGCAAAUAAAACGCCAGAAGCGAAGUGGAGACAACGGCGAUCUAUAAAGCGAGAUAGCUCGUUUGUCGAUACUGCUAACAGUUGUUCAGGGAACCAACGGCUUUCGAUGAUGGCUUCACCCCACCCUGCUACCACAAGUGAAGUCGAAAAGGCAGCUGCUGAUGGCGUAAUUGAAUUAGAGGACUAUAGUUUUGACUCGAAUGAUGACUCUAAAGAUGGUCUUAAGAGAGCUCGCAAUGCGUGUAACAGUAUUCUGAUGCAGUCAGGGGCAGUACCGGCUAAAGAGAAGAAAACUUGCCACAAAGUUCUUUCUUACAAUUUUGAGCUUGCUGUGUCAUCGUACUUUGAAUGCGACAUGGCGUACGUUACGCUUACUAACAUCACUGUGCUGGACAACCCCACAGCAUUUACGAAUCCCUUUCAGUUUGAGGUCACAUUUGAAUGCGCACAACCGCUUGAGGCCGAUUUGGAGUGGAAGAUUACAUAUGUUGGUAGCGCAGAGGAUGAAAGCCGCGACCAAGUGCUUGAAGAGGUACUAGUUGGUCCCGUGCCCGUCGGCACCAACAAGUUUGUUUUCCAGUCCGAUCCGCCCAACCCUGACAUGAUUCCGGACGAGGACAAGGUUGGUGUCACUGUGGCGCUCGUCACCUGCUCAUACCGUGGACGUGAAUUUGUACGAGUGGGUUACUAUGUCAAUAACGACUACGCCGAUCCAUUUCUGCUAGAAAAUCCACCCGCUCGAGUGGAUGUGAGCAAGCUACAGCGAAAUAUUUUGGCGGACAAACCGCGUGUCACGCGCUUUCCUAUAGAUUGGUCGCCAGCUGGCUCACAGAGUCUCAGUGCUAUGAAUGAUGGUAACAGCCCAGUGGUCAAUGAUGCUGGUUUUAGUACUAUGCAGACUGGUUUACCUGGUGUUGGCAAUGACCUCGAUAUGGACUUUGUCGACGAUGAGGAACUAGUCAAAGCAGCUGCCCAGCUUGACCAUAACUACACGGAUAUUGUUAUCGAUGGCGCUGCUGCCGACGGUAUGGAAGAGGAGAUUGAUUUGGAAGAAGAAGACGAUGAGGCGGACUCUGUCGAAGAAGCGGAGGAGGAAGAUAUUGAUGGUGACAUGGAAAUGGAGGAUAUUGAGUAA